AUGGAGACAGACAUGCACUGGACUGAUGGCACAAUUAGAGACGCCUUAUGCAGUUAUGCAUGUGGGAUGUUCGAUGACAUGAAGAGGGACGGGGGCUCGCUCGUCAUCAAGAACACGAACGUUUUCGACGCGCUCGAGACUCUGAGGAAGAAGACCAAGUCCGAUAAGAUGAGUAAAGGAACCUCCAAGGACUACUCAUGGCAGCCCAAGGCGCCGGAGCGGCAUGAGUUGUUCUGGGCACCAGCUCUGUUGAAAACCAAGUCGUGGGCGGUUGAGGCUGACGAGGAUGGUGAUGACUAUUAUGCCACCACGGUCCCGACUCAGCCGGUUUGGCGAACCUCUGGACCUCAGCCGAGUAAGCAGAAGGCCCCCAAUGUAGAGGAAACAAUCUCAAAACAAGAUAUUCUUGAUGAAGGUGAUGAAGAUGAGGAAGAACAUGAACCAGAGGCUCUAGUGCAUCCUGAGCCAGUGGAAAAGAAGCCUGCUGAGGUUCAUGCACCACCAAAGGAGGCAGAAAAGAAGCUUUCAAAAAAGGAAAAGAAGAAAAAGGAACUUGCAGAGCUUGAGGCUCUUCUAGCUGAUUUUGGAGUUACCCAGAAACCGAGUGACUGUCAAGAUGAAUCAAGUGGUGUUGCACCGGACAAUUAUAGUGCUCCAAAAGGACAUGUGGAAAGGAAUGAAAAUCACCAUGCAGAGUCCAAAAGCUCCAAGAAGAAGAAAAAGAAAGAUAAAGCUUCCAAUUCCCUUGAUGCAAAAGAAUCACAAGAUGAACCAAACAAGUCGGGGGUGACUAAUGGACCAAGUGAAGUUGCAGGAACAGAAAAGACAGAGGAGGAAAUAUCAAGUAUUGAUGUUAAAGAGCGACUAAAGAAGCUGACAGCUGCCAAGAAGAAGAAAAGUACUAAAGCUGCUGCCAGGAGAGCAAAACUUGCUGCAGCCAAGAAGAAAGAGAAGAUUCACUAUAACCAGCAGCCUGUGCGGUAA